CAUCAUUCCUCUCAAAGAACACCGCUGGCAGUGUUCUCCCGUGCUUUGAAGGAUUGCUUUCCAAAUGUUUUAUCUCUGGAGACACGAAGAUUAAACCGAGGCUUCUCUGCACUGAGAAUUUCCAUUGUUCUUGCCAAUAAUGCAUAAUAGUCACAAAUUUAAUGGCAGACCUUGAAGUAUAUAAAAAUUUAAGUCCAGAAAAAGUUGAAAGAUGCAUGAGUGUGAUGCAGUCUGGGACUCAGAUGGUGAAGCUGAAGAGCGGAACCAAAGGGCUGGUCCGUCUCUUUUACCUGGAUGAGCACAGGACCUGCAUCCGAUGGAGACCGUCCAGAAAAAGCGAAAAGGCAAAAAUCGUCAUCGAUUCCAUCUACAAGGUUGGUGAGGGCCGCCAGUCUGAGAUCUUCCACCGCCAUGCGGAGGGGAGCUUCGACCCGAGCUGUUGCUUUACCAUUUAUCACGGCAGCCACAUGGAGUCCCUGGAUCUGAUCACGUCCAACCCGGAGGAGGCUCGCACCUGGAUCACGGGGCUGAAGUACCUGAUGGCUGGGAUAAGCGAUGAGGACUCCCUGGCUAAGCGGCAGCGCACUCAUGAUCACUGGGUGAAACAGACCUUCGAGGAGGCCGACAAGAACGGGGACGGCCUGCUCAACAUCGAGGAGAUCCACCAGCUGAUGCACAAGCUGAACGUGAACCUGCCCCGGCGGAAGGUCCGCCAGAUGUUUCAGGAAGCUGACACAGAUGAGAAUCAAGGAACCCUCAAUUUUGAAGAGUUUUCGGUAUUUUACAAGAUGAUGUCCUUACGGCGAGAUCUCUACUUACUGCUCUUGAGCUACAGUGACAAGAAGGAUCAUCUCACGGUUGAGGAACUCGCUCAGUUCCUCAAGGUGGAACAAAAGAUGAACAAUGUGACACCAGAAUACUGUCUUGACAUCAUACAGAAGUUUGAGGUCUCAGAAGAAAACAAGGAGCAGAAUGUUUUGGGUAUCGAAGGCUUCACCAACUUCAUGCGCAGUCCUGCCUGCGACGUGUUUAAUCCACUGCACUGCGAGGUGCACCAGGACAUGGACCAGCCCCUCUGUAACUACUUCAUUGCCUCGUCCCACAACACGUACCUGACCGGGGACCAGCUGCUCUCGCAGUCGCGGGCCGAGAUGUACGCGCGGGUGCUGCAGGACGGCUGUCGCUGCAUCGAAGUGGAUUGCUGGGACGGUCCAGAUGGAGAGCCAGUAGUGCACCACGGCUAUACCCUUACUUCUAAAAUAUUCUUCCGUGAUGUGGCAGAAACAAUCAAUAAAUACGCCUUCGUCAAAAAUGAGUUUCCAGUGAUACUGUCCAUCGAAAAUCACUGCAGUAUUCAACAACAGAAGAAGAUUGCUCAGUAUUUAAAGGAGAUAUUUGGUGACAAACUGGACUUGUCAUCUGUAAUCACUGGAGACUCCAAACAGCUUCCUAGCCCUCAAAAUUUGAAAGGCAAAAUCCUCGUGAAGGGCAAAAAGCUGCCAUACAGUCUUGGAGAAGAUGCUGAGGAAGGAGAGGUUUCGGAUGAGGAUAGCGCUGAUGAAAUCGAAGAUGACUGCAAGUUGAAGCUCUGCUAUAGUAAUGGUGCAAUUGAGCACCAGGUGGAAUCUUUUAUAAGGACGAAACUCGAAUCUCUGCUAAAAGAAUCCCAAAUCAGGGACAAAGAAGAUCCUGACAGUUUCACUGUGAGAGCACUUCUAAAGGCAACACAUGAAGGUUUAAAUGUUAACCUGAAACAGAACCUGGAUUCAAAAGAAGGUGGAAAAAAGUCUCACGGUCGAUCGUUAAUGGGCAACUUUGGUAAACACAAAAGAGCUGUGAAGGCAAGAUCCAAAUCCCAAAGUACAUCUGACGAUGAGGAAAGCCAGCAAAAUCCUUCAGGAAAGGAAACAGGACAGCUUCACAGGUGUGUUUGUAUCGUGUUCUGUAAAACGAGAAAACUGGGCACAAGAACAACAGGGAAUGUGCUAUCAUUCAGUGAAACAAGAGCCCACCAAGCAGUGCAGCAGAAAGCGGAACAGUUUAUGCUUUACAACCAGAAGCAGCUUACAAGGGUGUAUCCAUCUGCAUACCGGAUUGACUCCAGCAAUUUCAAUCCUAUACCGUACUGGAAUGCUGGCUGCCAGUUAGGUAGUGCUGCCAACGGCAACUGCGGUUACGUCCUCAAACCUCAGCAGAUGUGCAACGGUACCUUCAACCCCUACUCUGCUGAUCCACUUCCUGCCAGUCCUAAAAAGCAGCUUAUUCUGAAAAUCAUCAGUGGGCAGCAAUUACCUAAGCCUCCCGACUCGAUGUUAGGAGACAGAGGAGAGAUAAUAGAUCCCUUUGUCGAGGUGGAAAUUAUUGGUUUACCUGUUGACUGCUGUAAAGAUCAGACAAGGGUGGUUGACGACAAUGGGUUUAAUCCUGUGUGGGAGGAAACGCUCACCUUUACCAUCCACAUGCCUGAAAUAGCUUUGGUUCGAUUUCUUGUUUGGGACCACGACCCUAUCGGGCGGGACUUCGUUGGACAGAGAACUUUGGCCUUCAGCAGCCUUGUGCCUGGUUAUCGUCAUGUGUAUUUAGACGGGCAGACAGAAGCAUCCAUAUUUGUUCACAUAACCAUUAAUGAGAUCUAUGGAAAGAACAAGCAGCUCAUAGGGCUCAGAGGGCUGUUUAACAAGACCCCCAAGCACAGCUCUGCCGAGAGCGCCGGGCACUAUGUGCGGAAGAGAUCCCUGGGCGAUCGCAUCCUCCGGCGCACGGCCAGCGCGCCGGCCAAAGGCAGGAAGAAAAGUAAGAUGGGGGGCGUGGAAGGCAUCGAAAUUAAAGACAGCGCCUCCGAGCCCGCCGACCUGCGGGACGGAGACGGAGUGGUGAGGCGGACGGCGCGGAGCGUGCAGGCACGGCCCGCUUCCAUGCCCGUGGACAAGUAUCUGCUCGUAGGACUGCCGUGCGCAGAGGGGGAAGCUGUGCAAGAUGCCGCAGGAAAAGAAAAUGCAUCUGCCAACAGUGAUGCUACAACUGAGAAGGAAGCAAACUUAAAAGACUCUGGUUUUACCUAUUCUGAGAAAAAUGCAACUGCUUCAAAUCUGGCAUCUGCCUUGAAAAGGGAGAAUCCCCAGAUGGAAGGUAAAGCUGACUCUUCUCUACUACCAUCCCUGCAGGAAAAACACGUAGUUUUUGCAGAUGGGAUAUCUGAAACAAAUCACCUCACAGGGCACCAGGAAGCUCCUCUUUCUGGUGAAACCGCCCCUCUAAGAUGGGACUGCAGUGUUGAACUUGUCACAGGAAAAACACAAGGCAAAAAUUGUGCGGAUGGGAGGGAGGAUGACACAAAAUUACCUGAAGAAGAGAAAGUAACACUGGUGGGAACUUCCUUCUCUCAAAAAGUAGGAGAUACGGAAAAUCACAAAUAUGACAUUCUCCAGAAAAGCACCGUAGCAACCUUUUCAUUGACAGAUAUUUCUUCUGCAGUCUGCUCUGCUGUUCCUGCUUUACACUCCACCUCAGCACUGCAGGACAGUGACAUUUCUCGUCUUAUAGAUGAAGUUUCUUUAAUUAACGCGAGUGAGAUGGACAGCUCUGUCUCAGCACUGGUAGGGCAGGUUGAUGUCACAGGCGACCAAACUAAUCUCACCGUGGUCUCCAGUCUGCACGGAACCAGCAACCAGAGCCCGAGUGUGGUGGCUGCACAGCCGCAUGUGAACACUCCGUGUAGGAGCAGCCUGGCUGCCAGGAGAUCCCCUCUUUUCUCAACUCCGGAUACCGCUGUGUUCUCCAGCCCGGAGACUACUGAGUAUCCCAUGCACACGAUUAUCCAUGAGGCAUCUCUUGCACCAGCUUCGGAAUGUAACACCCACAGUGAAUUAGUUUGCACAGAAAGGCUAGGCAGCAUAGGAAAUAACUUGCCGUAUUCUGCUUGUACUAAACCUCUCUCUUUGCUAAAUGCAAAUCCCAAAACAAAGUGUGGCACAAGUUGGGAAGCCCUGGAAUCUGCCGGUUCUUUUGCUUCCAAUAGCCUGGUCUUUGAGGACACGCUUGUUGACCCUCCCACUUGUGAAAACUCAGAAAGCAGCAGCCUCGUAGAAGUAGACGGGGAUUCUCAAGAUCUGCUGGUAACGGCGUGCGAAUACAGAAGAGAAGACAUGAGCCAGAUGGCUUCUCCUUUGAAACUAAGGCAGAAGCAGGAGCCAGGCCACGGUGGCGAGAGGUGCUCUGGCUGUAACACAGCUGUGGAGGAGCUCUGUGCUGCUGCCCUGGAUUGCUCAAAUCACUUCAGGACUGUGAGGUGUCAGUUCCCCUUCCCAACGUAUGGAAACGCUGCCUUUUUACAUGGUUAUCGUCAGACUUCAGACACACAGAAAGAUGAAUCGUGUACGUCCCGGGGGUCCCAGCUUCAUGGACACGCGCCUGGACCAAAGAACACUUUGCCCUUCCCGCCUCCUGCAGCCGUCAGACAGACUAGCCCUUGCAAAUCCAAGAGUCUGGGUGACUUGACGUCUGAGGAUAUUUCCUGCAAUUUUGAAAGUAAGUAUCAGUACAUAAGCAGAAGCUUUAUCACGUCUGGCAUGAGAGACAAGAAACUUGCUGCCAUGAAGAACAUGAGACCACAUUCUACAGACGCUCUGACAGAGCAGCUGCGGAAAUUGGUAUCCCUGGACCAGGACGAGAGCUGUCCCGCACUGUAUCCCGGGCAGGUGGAGGACGACUGCCCCAAGGCGCUGGUCAGGAAGCUGUCGUCCCGCAGCCAGAGCCGCGUGCGGAACAUAGCCAGCCGUGCCAAGGAGAGGCAGGAGGCCAGCAGGGCAGGGGACGUCCUGCUGCGGGCAGGGCUUCCAGCUCCGGGGAGCUCCAUGGAGCUGGACCGCGGGGAGGACUCGCUGCCCACAGGCUUCUCCGGCUGGCAGCCCCCGUUGGCCUCGUUGGUGUAA